AUGCCCGUGACAGGCUAUGGCGGACAGAAUGGUGCACUGGCCUUGGAUCUACAGCACAUGAACGAUUUCAGCUAUAAUCCGGCAGACCAAACUGUCACUUUUGGACCGGGUAACAAACUGGCCGACCUGGAUGUUCAGCUUGCGGCCAUUGACAGGGUCAUGGCUUACGGCGUGGUGGGUGACAUUGGUACUGGUGGCCAUAUUGCAAUUGGAGGAUUGGGCCCUCUAUCACGACUUCUCGGAUUGGCAUCAGACCAGGUUGUGUCAGUUCAAUGCGUUCUCGCCGAUGGAAGUAUCGUCACCGCAUCCGAGUAUGAGCAUCCAGACCUCUUCUUCGCAGUCCGAGGCGCGGCGUGGUCUUUCUGCAUCAUGACAGAGAUCCAAAUGCAAACCUCACCGCCACCCAGCGCUGUCACGCAAUUUCAGUACAAUAUCACUGUUGGCAGAAUCGCGGACCUGGCAGAUACAUUCAAGAAGUGGCAAGUCCUGAUCGCCGAUCCUGGACUCUCGAGAUACUUUGCUGCAACGUUGACGCUGCUAGAGGGCGUUAUGAUCUUCGCGGGAACGUUCUUUGGUGAUGAUGCUGCUUUCAACCAACUGAAUUUGGAUCUUAUACCCUUUGGCCAGGAGCAUCUUGGCAUCACGGUGACCAGCCGUGUCGUGACGGGACUCAUACACAGCCUUUCGGAUCUGAUAUACGAUAUCGGUGGCUCCAUCCCUGCGCACUUCUACUCGACCGAUUUGAAAUACACAAGACAGACUUUGCUCUCUGAUGCCGCCGUUGAUCAGCUAUUCCAGUAUCUGGAGUCUGCCGACAAGGGAACUCUGAUCUGGUUCAUCGUUUGGGAUCUCAACGGAGGCCGUAUUGAAGAGAUCCCACAAUCGGCAACAGCAUAUUGGCACCGCGAUGCAAUCCAUUUCCAACAAGGCUAUGUUGUCAAUCCUCUUGGUCCAGUGAGCCCUGUGUCCCGUCAAUUCCUAAUCGGUCUCAAUCAACUCUGUCGACAGCUGCGGCCUGGUAUCGACGAGAGUGCCUAUCCCGGCUACGUGGAUCCCUUUUUGCAGGAUCCUCUUACCGCGUAUUGGGGAGGCAAUGUUCCCAGACUGAUCCAGAUCAAAGGAAUCUAUGAUCCUCGAAACACCUUCAGAAACCCUCAGAGUAUUCCGCCACCGCCUGGCGUUUAG